AUGCAGAGAAAACAGCAAAAAUCGAGGAAAGGAGCCAAGACACUAAAGAUAGCCAACACCCCUGACAUCAUCAGCAUUGUACAAUUACCAGUGUAUCUAUCCCCUAAAGCUACAGAUUUAAGCUUGACACUACAGUCUUUAUCCAUGGCAGCUGCAACCGAAGUAAGCUUGAAGCUUCUAGUCGACGUGAGAGGCCAAAGAGUUUUGUUUGAGGAAGCUGGCAAAGACUUCGUUGAUUUCCUCUUCAACAUAAUGUCAAUGCCUGUUGGCACAGUUGUUAGACUCCUUAACAAGGAAGGCAUGGUGGGUUCCCUUGGAAAACUUUAUGAAAGUAUUGAAAAGUUGAGUGAUGUUUAUAUGCAACGACUUCAGGACAAGGACGCCCUGUUGAAGCCUAAAGUUUUUACCUCCGCUACAACAAACUUGCCUCGCUUGCUGCCUAAUAUUGAGUCAUUAAAAGAUUCAAAGCAAAAAUGUUUUUACAAAUGUAACUGUGGCUGCAGCCGGUAUAUUGCAGAGGAACCGACCGCAACUUGUCCUAACUGUGGAAGGACAAUGAAUAUCCAGGUACAAAUUGUUGCGACAGAGAAGAUAUCUUCUGUUACUUCAUUGUCUUCGUCUUCGACUUCAUCAUCUGAAGGUGAGGGAGGAUUUGUGAAAGGGGUGGUUACAUACAUGGCCAUGGAUGAUCUUAAGGUGAAGCCGAUGCCAACUAUUUCUAGUAUAGCUUUGCUUAACAGGUUCAAUGUCAAAGAUGUUGGGGUUCUUGAAGAGAAAACUGUCAAAAUGGGCAUGGAUGAGGCUGUGAAACUGCUUAAGGCAUCGUUGCAGUCCAAGACUGUGCUUACUGAUGUCUUCUUUGGGAAUAGGGAAAAUGGCUUACAUCUCUAUGAGUAAUUUGUGCCAGUUGUUAAAUGAUGUCUUUCUAUAUUCUAAUUUACUUGUGUGCUUUGAAUCAUUCUGAAGUAUGAUUUAGACUAUUCACAUCUUA